AUGAGGAAGCAGGUGGCUAAAAAUCAUCAGAAUUGGGGGUGGGCUUGUGAAAUGGUUAUCGCAGUUGAAGUGGUGACCGCGCAAGGCGAACAGUUAUUAUGCAACGAAACACAGAAUGAAGAGUUGUAUUGGGCCGCAAGAGGGUCAGGACCGCUCUUCCCUGCCAUCGUGACUAGGUUCCAUCUAGAAUUAUUACCAUAUCCUGUUUGCGGGUUCUUUUCCUCCAUCUACAUUUAUCCCUCCGCACUUUAUCACCAAGCUUUCGAGUGGAUCCAAUCCAUUGUGCCCGGAGCCGACGAGGAUACUGAGAUUGUCAUGGUAGCAUUUCACUUCGAUUCCGAACCCGAAGUUUGCUUCAAAAUACACUGUGUGACAAUGAAAUCAAACAGACAGGAAGCAGAACAUGCGCUCCAGCAAUUGCAUCGAAGCCGGCCCUCUGGUACACUUGCAGAAUGGGUAUGCCAAGAGGAGAGUCUUGCUCAUCUAUAUGAAGAUCAGGCGACUGCAAACCCGGCUUCACACUACUACCACACGGACAAUGUGUUUCUUGCAAAUGAGGCAAACGUGACACGAGUACUCGCGGAGAGCUUUUUAAAUUUGCCGCCUGGCAAGUCUUUCGCCUUCUGGUAUCCCAUGUACCCACGAAGUCGACGAGUAGUCUCCAAUGUUGCAUUGAGUGUGCCAUCUGACCAUUACUUUGCUGUGUACACCAUCUCCGAAAGUGAAGAACAAGCCACCCAAUCCAAGAUAUGGGUGGAUGAGAUAAUGACAAGGCUCAAGGAGCAUGCUCUGGGGUCGUACGUGGGUGAUUGCGACUUGAAGUUGCCACAUCGAUGGUACUGGACAGACCAAAUUGCGCAGCAAAUUGAGGCUAUUCGACAGAAGUGGGAUCCAAGCUCUAUAUUUUGCGCUGGUCACCAGCAUGAUGGUACAGAAUUGUGA